ACGCACAGAUUAAAAGCGCAGAUUUAACGAUGCCAAACUGGAAAUAAUGCGUUUAGUGAGUUUUUUUCCAAUUGAAUUUGGAGACAUUUUAGAGAGUAUGCUGCCUCGCAGCCGCUGACGCUGCAGUUGUCUGAGGAAAGGCAGCAGACACUGUACGUAGAACAUUUACAAGGCACAAACUCACGUAUAUGGAUGGCGAUUUAUACACAUUUAAUUUCAAUUUCAAUUCAAAGUGAAAAUUUUUUCAUUCUAGAGAUCAGUUCGAACUAUACAACGACAACGUUUAAACGUGCGUAACGGUUGGAAAACGAAACAUUUUUUUUUUAUAUAUAAAAGAAAGAAAAACAAACGAGAAACGGAAAUCCAAAGAAGUUUAAGUGAAAGUGAAAUUUCAAAAUGGCUCUGUAAGAAAUUAGGAAGUUGGAAAUAAUCUGAGAAUUGUGAAAAAAGAAAAUUCUUGUAAAAUAUGUCUGCCAUAAUGAAAUAUUUAAAAAUUUUACUUUUUUUAAAUUUAUGGCUGCUAUGUCAUUGUAAAGCCCAUGAUAAUGGCUUAAAAAUAAAUACCGAUCUAACGGCGGGCAUUAUCGGUGAUGUGAGUGCUGACAAUACGAAACAAAUUUUAGGCGAUUCCUUAAAUCCCUCCACAAAUCAUACACAAAAUGUCCAAAGUUCUAUUUUGGCUAGUGCUUCGCUGGAAGAUAAGCAUAUUUGUACACGCGAAGAAGAAUAUGUGGAACAAAUACGUUCGCCCUCAAUGCAGCCAGUGAAAAUACGUACCUCCACCUGGUGUUUGGAAUUUCCACCGCGUUGCUCGAAUUAUCAAACGGAAAUGCGAGAGAUUGUUAAAGUACAGAAUGUAACUAAGACACGAACCAUACGAUUUUGCUGUGCCGGCUAUGAUGGAAAUUUAUCGAUGAACGAUACCGUUUGCAAGCCUGUUUGCCGCAGUGGUUGUGGACGAGGUUUUUGCUUAAAACCUGAUAUUUGCAGUUGUGAACCGGGUUAUAUGGGAAAGCAUUGUACACAACGUUGUGACCACGACCAUUGGGGCUUGGAAUGCAAGAAUGUCUGUCAGUGCCAUAACGGAGCAGCCUGUGAUAAUAAAUCCGGCACAUGUCAUUGUGCCAUUGGUUGGACGGGAGAAUUUUGCGAAAAACCCUGCCCAAUGGGCACCCAUGGUGUUAUGUGCCGCAAAGCUUGUGAAUGUGAAAAUAAACUUUGCCACCCCCAAACGGGCGCCUGUGAAGUUCCAGCCACUAAUGCUCCACUCGCUCCCAAUGCCACCCAUGCCAUGAUAGCCACUCUAAAUUCCACCAUUGUAAAUAUAACCCACAAUCUGGAUCGAAUAGCGAAAAAUAUUGUCAGUAUUGCCACCAGCACUACAACAGAAAUGGCCCAUAUACCACAACUCAUGGAGGUGACCACCACCAGCAUACCCACAGUGCCUGAGGUUAUAGUCAUCAAACAAGAUGGCGAAGUGCCACAUACUCCCAAGAUUAUUGUACAUCAACCAGGUCAGGGAUUGCUGGAUAAUCUGCAUACAGCAGCCAAGACACCAGAGGUGAUACACGUCAUAACAGGUUGGCCGGGUCAACAGCAGCAACACCAUAAUAUAACCCAAGAGGAGAAAAUCAAUUUGGCCGGUUUUGGACUACAUCCAGCUAGCAAAGAGGAGAUAUCCAAUACAAAUGAAGCCCACAAUUCAGAACAUGAGAAUAGUUUGCUAACCACUCUGCUGGUUAUAUUGCUUAUCAUAAUGUUGGCCAUAGGCAUGGGUUUUCUGUAUGUCUAUAGGCGAUAUCACCUGCAAAAGGCCCAGGUAGAGGCAGCUUUGGCGGCGCGUAGUGUCAGUUUGGUACCCACACCGAAUUCACCCAUUAUCAUAACACCACCGCCGCCGCCCUUACAGGCCUAUAAGAAUGAUCAGCUUUUGCAGGAUCUGAACAAUGUAGGCGGAGGAGGGGGUGGUGUAGGCCCAGCUGGUUCCUUGGGUAAAAGUUUUUUAAAGCCCCUGCCCGAUCUGCCGGCCUUUACGCAGAUGGUACGCAAUAAAAUCGAGGGACCCGACUUGUAUGAUUCGCCCAGUAAUAGUUCCUCCAUCACCAUAUCGCCAGUACCCACCAUUAAUUCAUAUGCCUAUGCCCGCAAGGAAUCCCUUUACUCAGUGGUCACCCCAAAGUCACGCAAAGGCAGCAUGGACUCGCAUCUCUAUGAUGAGAUACGUUAUCCAACGGCCAUGCAGCAUCACCAUUCACAGCAUCAUCAUCAACAUCAUCAGAGUCAGCAUGGUCACCACCACCAGCAGCAGCAGCAGCAACCACAUAUGCAGCAUCACUCCACUCAGCACAAUGUUUAUAUACCACAGCAUCAACCACAUUAUCCCACCUUGAUGCAACAUCAACAAGCACAGCAGCUGCAGCAGCUACAGUCCCCAGCACACACACAAAAUCCCAGUCAUUCCAAUUCCAGUCAGGGCACUCAUGGACCAACCAAUGCCACCGCCACUUCGAGCAGCACCACUCACCAUAUCUCACAUUUGAUAAUACCACCGCAGAAUACAAAAUAUCUUCAAGUGCCUCAACUCACUCAUUCAUCCCAUAAGGUCGCCCAUAUUUAGAAAUUUGUCAUAAAACACUCCUUUUUUUCUAAUAAUGCAAAUAAUAAGCAAUAAUUGUAUGAUCAAUAAGAUUGUGUAAUCGUUUAUAUUUAUGAAA